GAGGAGGUGCAUCAUGUACGAAGAGUUUUCAGUCUUGGCAUUACGCUCAACUAACCGUGAUUAGCUAGGGGCGGGCAGCAUGAAAUAGCUCGACCUUCCCCCAGUGGAUGGUGAUGGGCUGUUCCGCGCGCCCAUCCAAUCCACCCCGUCCUCCGGAUGCCACACUACAUGUAGUCUCACGGCCCGUCCUGGACGCUGAAGAUUUGCUGAAGAGGGAAAAUCUGCGGAUCCCAUUGCGACAUUCCGUCAUGGUGUACUUAUAGCCUACCAUACUUCGGUACGAGCAAGAAAAAAUAGGUUUACAAGGGUGGUCAGCAGUAUAUACCGGCCGUUCCCAGCCCUUACAAAAAUGGCGCACAUCUUCGCGUGAGCGAAAGACUGAAAAGUUUUGGUGGUUUUGUUUUCUUCUAUUCAGAAAACUACGCUUCGGUGUUCUCCCUCACGAUCUAGAGGCUAGUUGAGGCGGUUUCCCCCCCCUCAACCUCCACGCAAUCGCAAAGAUGGCUCUCCUUAGCUUCGUCACGUCGCAGAACUUUGAAAAGCUCAGUGUUCUCCUCCAAUGGAAGCUUCUCGUAUUGGCCGCGAUCCCCGUUGCUGUGGUGUACUACCUCAGACGGACAAAAGCCACCCCUGGUAUCGACAUCAAGCAGUACUCUCACUUCCCGCAGCCUGAAGAGGCUGACCCAGUGAGGGGUCAUUGGCCGUGGAUUGAGAAGUCCGCUGGUCUGGGUGAUCCUCGAAGGGCUUUUGACGAGAUUCUGUACGAACAGGCCGAGAAGCUUGGAUUCCCUCCCGUUCUGUUGGUAGACUGGCGCCCGAUCGAAAAGUUCCUGAUCCUGUUCAUCCUCGACAACGAUGUUGCUGAACAAGUCACCAAGCCCUCAAAGCAGUACAGCACCAGUGUGCCGAAGCACCCCGCCAUCCAACAUUUGGCUCCCUUGGUCGGCGCACGAUCUCUCGUAACAACGGAUGGCGAGGAAUGGAAAGGACUCCGAAAGAGAAUUCUUCCCGGUUUUGCGCCUUCGCAUCUUCUUGGUCUCGUGAAAGUCAUCCUGGACAAGUCGGAGACCUUCAUCGAGCUCAUGGAACAGAAGGCCGCCACUGGCGAAGAGUUUACGAUUGACGAGUACACCACAAACCUGGCUUUCGACGUUAUAGGCAUUGUCACUUUCGAUAUGGAUUUGAACGCUCAAAUCGAAGGCAAGCAGAGCGAGGUGUUGCUGACAUACCGCGCCCUGUCGCAAGCCUUCAACAAGCGUAUCCCCGGCAAGAACUGGAUGCGUGAAUACUUCACCGAAAACGAACGCACCCUCAGACGCCUGGACAAGAAGCUCGACGGCAUCCUCAAGGAAGAGAUCAAGAAGCAGCACAAGGAGCUCUUGGCCGGCGCCGACACCGCAUCCCGCAGUGUUGCCACCCUCAGUCUUCAGGGCAUCGACGUCCUGACCCCCGAGAUUCUCCAACAGACCAGCGACACUCUCCGCGGCUUCCUCUUUGCCGGCCACGACACGACGAGUAUUCUCCUGCAAUGGUGCUUCUACGAGCUUCAUAGACGGCCGCAGUCGGCCAAGGAUCUGAAGGAUGAGCUCGACGAGGUGUUUGGCCCGGAUCAGAGCCCUAAGUCUGUCAUUGAGCAACUCAAGAGCCCCGAAGCUGGAAAGCUUCUGGCUCGCUUGCCUUACACCGACGCAGUCAUCAAGGAAGCCUUGCGCCUGCACCCUCCCGGAACAACAGCCCGCGUCGCGCCCCAAGGAUCCGGAACGACCCUGACCCUCCCCAACGGACAAAAGCUGGUCGUCGACGACCUCUGCGUGACCCCCAGAGCCUAUAUCAUCCAGCGCGACCCUAAGAUCUUUGGCGAGACUAAGGACGACUUCAUGCCCGAGCGAUGGCUCGGUGAGGAAGGCGCCAAGAUCCCGGACAGCUCCUUCAGACCUUACGAGAGAGGACCCCGCCGGUGCACCGGAUCCGAGCUCGCCAACUUGGAAGUGCGCAUCAUCCUGGCUUGCAUCGCGAGAUACUUUGAGUUUAUCAAGGUUGGGCAGGGUGAGCUGGAUUUGGAUGAGAAGGGACAGUCUCAGCUUGACGAGAAGGGUUUCUACAAGACGAAGUCUGUAAUGUUCUCUACUCACUUGGUCACCGCUAAGCCUGUCGACGGCAUGAAGGUGAAGGUCCAGAUCAAGGGACAACAGGCGUAAUCUCUCUCACAUGAUACCACCACCAAUGAACAGAACGCAUAUCCGGGAUAUGACGACCUGACGGUCUGACGCGAUUGUCUAGACACGGCUGGUGGGGGAUAUUUGGGGCCGCGAUGCCCCAUUUCAAGCCCCAUCUGCUCCGUGUCAAAGAGAAUGCUUGACCCUGACGACGGUAUGCUGGGAUGCGACAAAUGUAUAUAGACGUUAGGAUGUUGAGGAUAAGAAAGCUUGACUGGAAGGCCACCGUGUAGCAUAAGAUAUCCCUGAUCCGCUGCUCAUUCGACUGUCGUCAAAGGAAGCAUGAUCACUAAACGUACGCUCUAGACCAACUUUUCCCGGGCGAACCCGUCAUGGGUCCGGCACUUGAAUUCACAGCUUGUUUCUCUCGCCUACCAUCAUACCAUGUCACAUAAUUACGGAGGGGUUGGAGGGGUAGAGGGGCAUUCUGC